AUGGUGAAAGCAAAUCUUAACACCGAUGACGAACUCUCUGUGUUUAAACUUAUCGCGAAAGACAAGGACAUAAGCACCCUCUCAUUUGUGUCCUUUAAAGUUGGGCUUGACCCAUCGUUGAAAACGAAGGCUUUGGAUUCAGAAACUUGGCCUGAAGGAGUUUUAUUCAGGGAGUUUGAAGACUUCGGAUCACAAAAAUUUUCUGAAAUCACCUCGCCCUACAUACCGUCAAGUAGUCGGUCAUUUCCCGUCGUUACGGCACGUGAGCCGUUCUCAGUAUAUUACCAGAACGUUAGAGGUUUGCGUACAAAAAUUGCUCAGCUGCGUAUAGUGCUGUCAAGCUGUGACUACGACGUAAUCGUGUUCACUGAAACAUGGCUUAAGGAUGAUAUCGAAAGCUGUGAAAUAUCGUCGGAUUAUGUUCUAUUCCGCUGUGAUCGCAACGAACUGACCAGUCAGUAUUCGCGGGGUGGUGGAGUACUGAUAGCCGUCAAAAACUGCAUUAAAUGCGAAACUGUUGUAAUGACUAGUUGUGAAGAGCUCGAACAAAUCGCAGUCUGUAUAAAAUUACAGCAUCGUUCACUGUACGUAAUCGCUAUUUAUCUCCCACCAAACUCGAGCACCAAUUUAUGUAGGGCUCAUGCAAAUGCGGUACGACACGUUGUUGAUCACCUUUCGGAGUCGGACAUAAUCUUGUCAAUUGGUGACUUCAAUCUUCCAAACUUACGAUGGCAUCAUGAUGAGGACAUCAAUGGAUACAUUCCUUCAAACGAUCUAGAUGAAACCGAGUUAAACUUUACACAAGCCAUGUUUGUGAAUGGCUUGAGGCAGAUUAAUAGUUAUGUCAACACCAAUGAAAGACUUCUGGACCUAGUAUUUACCAAUCUCCCUGAGUAUCUGGACAUACUUUUACCAUCUUCUCCGUUGCUACCUAUUGAUAACCACCACACUCCUUUCGUUUUACUACUUGACGAGAAUGACACACCAACAUUAUUUGACGAUCAAGAAAAAAGUGUGAAAUAUGACUAUUCAACUUGUGAUUUUGGACUAUUGAAUUCUGUUCUUGCGGAUAUUGAAUGGGAGAAUCUAAUGAACACGAAUACAGUAGACCAGAUGCUAUCUGUUUUUUACGAAUUUCUUUUCGAUGUUAUCAGUCGCAUUGUACCGCAAAAAAGACAAGUAUCUGGUUCCAUCUUCAACAAACCUUGGUGGACACCCGAGCUUCGCAAACUUCGAAACAAUCUCCGUAAAAUGCGCAACCGAUAUUUCCAGACAAAAAAUCAAACUGAUAGAGCCAGACUUCGCGAUUUUGAGUCAGAGUACAAAACUGUUCUUCUUGCAAGUCACGACAACUAUUUGAACAAAAUUCAGGCCACAGUCAAAAAGGAUCCUUCACGGUACUGGAAUUUCGUCAAGCAGAGGAAAGAAAAACACACAGUAUCCCUGCCACGCUGA